GUCUCCGCCCGCCUUGACAAGCAGCACCCGGUUCGACCUCCAACCCAGAAACGCCGCUAGCUGCUCAUUGUCGCUUUCGGACCCACCGAUCCAGCAUCGUCACCAUGCCCAGGGGGAGCCGCAGUGCCGCCGCCCGGCCUGCCAGCCGGUCUGCCUCUGCACCUUCUGCCCACCACCUGCCCGCGCGCCCACCACCCUCGGCCGCUGCUCCAGCUCCUGCCCCAUCGGGCCAGCCGGGCCUCAUGGCGCAGAUGGCAUCCACAGCGGCGGGGGUGGCUGUUGGCUCGGCCGUGGGACAUGUCGUUGGCAAUGCUCUGACUGGAGCCUUCAGCGGGGGCAGCUCAGAGCCUGCCCAGCCUGCGGUGCAGCAGGCCCCUGCCCGUGCUGGUCCUCAGCCCAUGCAGCUGGGGCCCUGCGCCUAUGAGAUCCGGCAGUUCCUGGAUUGCUCCACCACACAGGGGGACCUAUCCCUGUGUGAGGGCUUCAGCGAGGCUCUAAAGCAGUGCAAGUACAACCAUGGUCUCAGUUCUCUGCCCUGAAGAGGCUGCUGCAGCCUCAUGCAGACUUGGAGGCCAGCUCUGCCUGUACCCCUCUGCCCCACCUCACCGACAGCUGGACCCUAAUGGCAGAUUGUACCCAGGGCACUGGGAUUCAUUGGGAAAGAGUUAUUCUUCUUCCUGUAAAGGACCUGAGACACAAAAGUAUAAUUAAAAGAGUUUAUUUUACUCCGGA